CCCUGCAUUUAACUCUGGAAAGUACCAGACUUCUCGACUGCUCCCGCCCUCUUGUUGAACGUCACUUGAUAUUUUACUGUUUACGCCACAGACACGAAGAAUUAACACUGACACAGUACUGAGCCUAAAACUCUUUAGUCCUCUCAUUCAGGUCGUGCUGUAAAUCCCGCAGACGUUCCGUGAAUCGUUGGCGUCAGGAGCCAUUUUGACUCAGCUUAAGUGGAAAGAACUAGUAGGGGCAUUACAGAGGCGUUCGUCUACAGCGUCAUUUAAUCGUCCUUAUGCGGCAACUGCACCAUUGAAGCAAAGGGGUUUCUCCUCCUGAACCAAACCUCUGUCUCUCAAGGAACAUAUUUUUAUUUCAUAAUUACAUUGAAACUUCAAAUAUGGAUACGUAAACACCUCCCUAAAGGGAUGUCAGCAGGGAGAAGGCCUUUCUUUAACACAUCCAGGAAUUUCACUACCAUAGCAUCCGUCAUUACCACAUGAUGCCUUGUUUAAUGUUUAAAUUGUGUCUAUGUUGGUUUACUGUAUACUUUAAUGAUCCUGGAUGAAGGCAGGUACACAUUCACUUCAUUUUUAGUUCCUUUACUUUGAUUUGAAACACAUGAUGUAUGUUUCCCAACACUUGUGUGUGGACUUUGGUUUGCUUUUAGCAUCCUUGGUUAUAGAUCAUUCCAUCACAUAUGUUCUUUUGCAUUGUUAUUAACAGAAUGCACUGGUGCUGGAGUUGGGUUUCAUGUACUCUGUGUUCAGUUUUAAGGAGAGUUUGUUUCAGAUGUGUUAUGGAAGCCAGGGAAAUACAGAAGGCGUUUGUUCAGCUCAUGACUAGCCACGAGUCCUGUGAUUAUCACAUGUUCCCCUCAUCUUUUUUUAAUCUUGUCAUCUUGUUUAUUGUACUCACACAAACAUGUCACCAGUUUUAACAUAAGUUCCUGGGUGUGAUAAUUAAAGCCCUUCUCCCUGAAGACAUCCCUUUUUCCCCCUUUAUAAUGGAAAUCCUACAAAAUAGUCCUUUCCUAAGAGGUCUGUGCCGUACUAGUGCACCAGCAGACCUACAAUAUGAUAACACAAGUGAACUGUUUCGCAUCUCAACCUUUGCAAAGUUUCCCUCUUCGUCACCAGUGACUGAGAGAAGCCUUGCCCGUGCUGGGUUUUUCUACACUGGCAUAGGUGAUCGGGUCCAGUGUUUCCGCUGCAACAUCACAGUUGACAGCUGGCAGUCUGGAGAAUGUCCAGCCGAGAGGCACAAGCAAAUGUCGCCCAACUGCACUUUCAUUCAGAGCUUGCCUUCCACUGCCAAUCUCCUGUCCUCCUCCCACUCGGCCUUUUCGCCUCUUCGCAAUGCCACCAUCCUGCAACUAAACCUCCCUGCAGCCACUUCAGCUUCAGGCCAGGCGGACGAACAAGCUGGUUACCUCAACAUGAGCAACCUUGCCCCCUCCAGCCCUCUGUCAUCUCGUGGAGUGGAAGACAUGUCUCAUCAGAGACCACCUGCUUGCCACAAUCCUAGCAUGAGGCGCGAGCAGGAUCGCAUGGACACCUUUCAAAACUGGACCCUUACCACGAUUACCCCUGCUGAGCUUGCCAAGGCUGGUUUCUAUUAUCUGAAGCAGGGAGACAGAGUGGCUUGCUUCAGCUGUGGUGGGCAACUGAGCAACUGGGAACCCGGAGAUAGGGCAGUAUCUGAGCACCAGAGGCACUACCCUAACUGUCGAUUUGUGAGAGGUGACCGAGCCGAUAACAUCCCUAUAGCUAGUGGUUUGGCCAAUGUGUCCAACCCAGCGAUGCAGCAGUGUGAAGAAAGGCUGCUUACAUUUGUUAACUGGCCUGCAAGAAUACCAGUCCGACCUGAUCAGCUGGCCAAAGCUGGGUUUUACUAUGUUGGUCGUAACGAUGAUGUAAAGUGCUUCUGUUGUGAUGGAGGACUCAGAUGUUGGGAAUCAGGAGACGAUCCUUGGGUUGAACAUGCCAAAUGGUUUCCCAGGUGUGAAUACCUUUUGCAAGAAAAGGGGCAAGAGUUUGUUCAUCAGAUCCAAGCUAGAUUUCCAAGAUUGUUUGAACAGCUGUUGAACAAUGGGGACUCGAGGGAAUUUGUUGAUCCACCAGUUGUACAUUUGGGUCCAGGAGAAGAGCGUUCAGAAGAUGCUGUAAUGAUGAACACACCUGUUGUGAAAGCAGCCUUGGAAAUGGGCUUUGAUCGCAAUUUAGUAAAGCAGACUGUCCAGAGCAAAAUUCUUACCAGUGGAGAAAACUACAAAACUGUCCAGGAGCUGGUGUCAGACUUGUUGAGCGCGGAAGAUGAAAAAAGAGAGGAGGAGCGAGAAAUGUUCGCAGAGGAAAUGGCAUCAGAUGGAUUUACAUUUUUGAAGAAGCACCACGCUGCCUUGACACAGCGUUUGAAAAGUGUGCAGAGCUUAAUGGAUCAUCUGUUGGAGGAGAACAUAAUUUCACAAAAGGAAUAUGACACCAUACGCAGCUGCACUUUAGUCAAGCAGCAGACGGGCCAGCUCAUUGAUUUGGUCUUGUCAAAGGGGAAUGCAGCAGCAGAGGUCUUCCGAAACUGGAUCAAAAAGAAUGAUGUGUACCUCCUAAGAGAGCUAAUGGCUCAGACAAAUGAAGCAGUAUCUCCAAGUCAAGAUCUUUCAGAUUUGCCCAUGGAAGAACAACUGAGGAGACUGCAAGAGGAGCGUACAUGCAAAGUAUGCAUGGAUAAAGAGGUCAACAUUGUCUUCAUACCAUGCGGCCACCUGGUUGUUUGUAAAGAGUGUGCUCCUUCAUUACGCAAGUGCCCCAUAUGUAGAGGCUUGGUAAAAGGCACUGUACGAACCUUUCUGUCUUAACUAGCCAGCAGCUUUAGAUACAUACUGAUCAAAGCAUAAUUGCUUGUAAAAGAUAUUGCUAAAAGAAAUAGAAUAUGCACAUACUCUGGAUAAUGACCCACUUGGUGGAAAGGGGAUGCAUUUAUUAAAACAUGCAUUUAAAUGGC